AUGCUGCCCAAGAGGAGAGUCGAGAUCGAGGCGGCGAUGGGCACAACAGGCCAGCCGUAUACAAUAACACUCUACGGUGGGACGCCGCACGGGUUCGCCACAAACCCCGACCUCAGCAUCCCCGUGCAAAAAGCCGCAAAGGAAGACGCGUUUCUGCAAGCUGUGCGGUUCUACGAGACUUGGCUAUGA